AUGGUGAUUUAUUCGAGGAAAUUUAUAUGGAAUUGCCAAUGGGAUAUAAACCCCCCUCCACAUCAGGCAAGCAGGGGAGCAUUAGAUUAUUCCUUAUUUACAAAAGGUUCUGGUAAUGAAUUUGUUGCUUUACUUGUGUAUGUUGAUGACAUAGUCAUCACCGGGUCCAAUCUCCAAGUUAUAGAAUCUUUGAAAUCAUUUCUUCACAGUCAUUUUAAGCUUAAGGACCUUGGUAACCUUAAAUACUUCCUUGGCUUGGAAAUUGCGAGAUCACAUAACGGCAUUGUUUUAUCACAGAGACAAUAUGUUCUCCAGUUGCUUGAAGACACAAGGUUUCUAGCUUGUAAGCAUGCAGCCAUGCCUAUGGAUCCUAAAGUUCGAUUGAGCUCCUUUGAGGGGGAGUUGUUGGAAGAUAGUUCUAUGUAUAGGAGGCUUCCGCGGAAACCUCAUUUAACAGCCAUCCAUCAUCUACUUCAAUACAUCAAGGCAACCCCAGGCCAGGGUCUCUUAUUUUCUGCUGACUCAUCCUUACAAUUACGGGCUUAUGCUGAUGCCGAUUGGGGCUCAUGUCCAGAUUCCAGAAAAUCUAUUACUGGGUUUUGUGUGUUUCUUGGAGAUUCUAUGGUUUCGUGGACGGCUAAAAAGUAA